CAACACACACAUUGCGGCUGGUCCUGAUAUGCAGCUUUGUGCGAUCUACUCCUCUUCAGUAUAUUGAGAUGGCUGACCACAAAAGGCAUGUACCCACCCAGCUAAGCCAAGAAGAAAUCUUGGAAUUAUUACAGAAGGUGAAGAAGAAAGAAAUCAGCAUAGAUAACGCUAUUCUACACUCAAGAGGAGGAAGGAAGGAUUCGGUGAAUUCUCCCUCCAACCAGCAGUACAACUUCAAUGUCUACAAAUUCCGGUACCGGUGGCAGAAGCGCAUCUUACAGAUUGAUUUCAUUACACAGAUGAUAUUCAACAUAGAGAAAGGAAAAUUAAAGAAACAAUUCCCAUUUGAACAAGUCAAGUCAUACGUGGACAGUGAUGGACUGAGGUUUAUCAUCGCCUUCCACGGGCACCACGAUUAUGAACUAGAGGCGGCAUGUGUGGAAGAUAAGCAGACUAUUCAGAGUAUUUUGAAUGAGAUUCUACAGAUGCAACAGGGCAGUCAGGUGUCUCCUGUGAAAACCUUUGUUAAAAAAAACCAUUUUGCUGACGUUGUCCUUGAGGGGCUCCUAGAAUGUCUUGAUCUGUCCAACAAUUGGGCGAAAUAUCUGGUAAAGGUGAAGAGAGAUGAACUUAUAUUUUACUGCUCCCAGAAACUGGUGCCUGAAGAAAUUAGUGUCAACCUAUCGGAUUGUUCAGUGUGCGCUGGGACGUACGAAUCCAUGCCUAUAUUUUCAAUCAACUGCCCUGGAAAUACAUAUAAAUUCCGAAUACCAACAAACGAGCAGAGUAAAAGCCUGGAGAAAACCAUAUCAAUAAGAGAUGACUGGGUGUCUACCCUGCAGGAGCUCUGCCUGCAGCGCCCUCUACCUGAGGGUAAAGCUGCUGCUCCUGAGGACAUAGAGGUGGACAUAGAGGCGAUCUAUAGUAAACCAAAUUCUCAUUGUCUCAAGAUGGAAGACUCUUCCCAGAUUUAUCAGGAGAUUCCAGCACGACCCUUAGUCAAGGAGAAUCUGACAAGCUCAGAGGCAAUGGCUACAGAAAAGAAACGCUGCUCCUCAGCUUCUCGGCAGGUGCCAGCUCCUUGCCCCCUCUUACCUCCUCCUCUACCAGCCCAUCCUCGAACACUGAUCCUUAGCCCUACACAGAUCAAAACCAAAGCCUUCCACUGGAAACCUGUACCCCAGGAAAAGAUAAGCAAGUCUUUGUGGGGGCAGAACUGUGCUCAGAAGACAAUCGACACCCAAAGAAUUCUACAGCAGUUCCAGACCAGCGACUCAUCUCCUGCUCUAGAAUCGGACAUCACAAAGCAUUUCAAUAUCCUGUUAGACCUGAAGAUCGCUCAUAACUUUAAUAUAAUUUUGAAACGCUUUCACAUGGAGCCAGAGAAGCUGAAAGAGAAGUUGCUGAUCAUACAGGAAUGUAAUGGUGGGUUAUCGGAUGAACAUCUAACCCACCUCAGAAGAUAUGUUCCAACAGCCAAAGAUAAAAGCAUGUACUUACAGUAUAAAGGUUCCCCCGCAGAACUACACAUUGUGGAUCAAUUUAUGCUGCAGAUGUGCAAAAUCCCUGAUAUUUGCUCCCGACUUGAUACUUUACUUUUAAUAAGAGAGCUGCCCACAUAUAUGAAAGACCUACAGCCGCUCAUAGCACAGAAGAUCAAAGCUUGCAAGCAGCUGCUCCUCAGCAAGGCCUUCCCCGCAGUACUCGCUUACAUCCUGGCCAUGGGUAACUUCCUCAACGAAACUACAGGCAAAUUGAAAGCCAAGGGCUUCCAGCUCUCCACCCUACCAAAAAUGUCCCAGCUGGUGAGUAAGGAGAGGAGCUUCACCUUCCUACAUGCCCUUGUGGAGCAGAUCUUAUUACAGGAGCCUGAUUUGGCAAAAUUUUCUCAGGAGUUGACAGAAUUUGAAGCCGCUCCUGGUGCUUCCGUCAAAGGGUUGAACGCAGAGGUGGACGUUUUAUCCAAGCAGUUAGAGACCAUUGACCAAUACCGGAAAUCUUUCAAGAGUAAAUAUUACAAGUCAUCUGUGAGUGAAGAACAGUUUCUGAGGGAGCUAAAGGAAAUAGUAGAACAGUACAGCGUGCAGUACGCCAAGCUCACUAAGGCAGCCGCUGAAAUGAAGAAGCUGUAUUCUGAGGUUCUGCAGAGGUUUGGAGAAGCAGAAGACCAAGACUCGCAGGAGCUGUUCGGGUGGAUUUCAUCAUUCAUAAAAGAUUUUCAGAAUGCUUAUGUUGAUAUAAGAGCAUCUCAUUGACAGCCCCCCUAUAUAUCACCUGUGACUGAGCCAGGAACCAUGUCCUACUGGAGCCGCUGUCAGAACUGGAGGUGACAUUGACCCCAUCCUCUGCAGGUUUCAUCUCUGAAGCUUCAUUGUGUUUCCAGAGCUUGUGGUAUAAAGACGGAGCCGAUCACGAAGCUGUGGCACCAGCCAUAAUGCAUGAACAUGGUCAUACAAAUGCGGCUCUAGCAUACACAGCACACUACAUUGUAUAAAGUGGGUUAUUAUUUAUACAAGGUGAUUUAAAAAGGAUGGUGAAAAAUUAUUGCCUCAGUGUUCAUAACCAAGAGAACAUAAUACAAAUAUAGCAACAUGAAGAGAUACACUAUCUAUCCAUGUCUUAUAUGUACACUACAAAUGUUCACAGUGAUUUCCAUUGUUAACAUGGCAGAUGUCUAAGAGGUAGUCCAGUUCUUUCUAGACAUGGGCAAUAUCUCCUCAGAUAUGGACUCCACUGUUUCAGUGAUGCGUGUCUCAUUUAGACCCUGUGGUUGAGGGGGCCUAUACAUGGAGUCCUUGAUGUAUCCUCCACAGAAAGAAGUCACAGAGUGUUAGAUCUGGACAUAAAGGCCGCCGCAACAAUCACACAUCAUGGUUUCCAGCGCAGCCAAUCCAACAUUCCAGUAGAGUUUUAUUCAAGUAUUGACACAUAUCCAAAUAAAAAUAUGGAGGUGACCAUCCUGCUGAUAGACUGAAUUAGACUGAUCUUCCUCUAUCAGUGCUAUAAACCAUUUCUUUAACAUGUCCAGGUAGGAGCGGCCAGUGACUGGGACCUCUGCAAAAAAGAAGGGACCGUAGACUUUGUGUCUGCUCUUAAAGGGGUACUCCAGCCCUAAGACAUCUUAUCCCCUAUCCAAAGGAUAGGAGAUAAGAUGCUUGAUCGCAGGGGUCCUGCCACUGGGGACCCCAACAAUCUUUCAUGCAGCAUCCAGCUAUCAACCACCUCCGGAGCAAACAUCGCUCCGAGUCUGAUGAAUCACGAUCACGGGACCGUAGAAUCAUGACAUCAGGGCUCCGCCCCGUGUGACAUCACUAUCCGCCCCCUCAAUGCAAGCCUAUGGGACGGGGUGUGACAGACACACCCCCUCCGCUUAGGCUUUGGAUAGGGGAUAAGAUGUCUUAGGGCCGGAGUACCCCUUUAACACAGAACACAUUCUGAUGUACUCAA